UUUACAGGGCUUAACUCAUUUUAUCCUUACCACAAUCCUAUGAAGUAGGAACUUUUAUAAAACGCAUUUUAUAAACAAGGCACAGAGAAGUUAAUUAACUUGCCCUCUGGUCACACAGCUAGGAAGUGGGCAGAGUACAGAUUUACACAAGGCAUCUGUCUCCUGGCCCCACACACCCAACUGCUGUUAACCCACACCGGCGGCCAAGCAGCCUCAAUUCUGCAUGCACCCACUUCCCAGCAAGACAGCAGCUCCCAAGUUCCUCCUGUUUAGAAUUUUUGAAGCGGCAGGUCACCAGGCUGCAGUCUCCCUGGGGUCAGGGGUCCUGGCUGCACUCUGUGCUUUGCACGAAGCAGGCUCUCCAUUUUUGUUAAAUGCACGAAUAGUGCUAAGCUGGGAAGUUCUUCCUGAGGUCUAACCUCUGGCUGUUUCCCCACAGAAGAGUGCCUGCGGCCAGUGGCCACCAGGGGUCGCCGCAGCACCCCGCGCUGGAGGGCGGAGCUGGCGGGAGCCUCGGAGCAGCAUGUGGACCCUCGGACGCCGCGCAGUAGCCGGCCUCCUGGCGUCCCCCAGCCCGGCCCAGGCCCAGACCCUCAUCCGGGCCCCGCGGCCGGCAGAGCUGGCCCCACUGUGCGGCCGCCGAGGCCCGCGGACCGGCAUCGAUGCGACCUGCACGCCCCGCCACGCCAGUUCGAACCUCCAUGGCCUCAACCAGAUUUGGAAUGUCAAAAAGCAGAAUGUCUAUUUGAUGCAUUUGAGGAAAUCUGGAACUUUGGGCCGCCCAGGCUCUCUAGAUGAGACCACCUAUGAAAGACUAGCAGAGGAAACGCUGGACUCUUUAGCAGAGUUUUUUGAAGACCUUGCAGACAAGCCAUACACGUUUGAGGACUAUGAUGUUUCCUUUGGGAGUGGCGUCUUAACUGUUAAACUGGGUGGAGAUCUAGGAACCUACGUGAUCAACAAGCAGACGCCAAACAAGCAAAUCUGGCUAUCUUCUCCAUCCAGGUAUUGGCGGCAAGACGGCAGCUCCCAGCGGGGGAUGGAGGCCGAGUCAGUCUGCUGGUCGCUGGAGGCCAGGACGCUGCGCCACAAAGCCGACCCGCUCCGGGCCCGCACCACCAGGGGGCUCUCCCCGCUCCCGGCCUACUGCCCACACAGACUGCGGGGUUCCGGGGGAGCAGGACCCAGGCCUCCCGCGCCUGUCUUCUUGGAAGAAGGAGGCCGGAGCGUGGGAGCGCCGUGUAGCUGUGCCUGCAAAGGCACAGGAUUCCGCGGGAAGAUCCCGCAGCUUCGGGCCGUC